ACGAGGAAGAAGAGUAGGCAUUCCUCUCGUUAUUCGCCCAUAUAAUGGCCGAAGGAGGUGUCCUAGUUAGCACUGACAGGGAGCUCUUGGACUCCUUGUCAAAGAAGAGGAGAGCUUUUAAAGAAUCUUUCAAGCUGAAGCCAACAAAAGAUGGAGAGGACCUUGAGGCUACUGAUUCUGGCUUAAGAACAACCUCGAGUUUUAUUAGUGAUGAUCUGUUAGAUACAAUGAGGGCAAGAAGAGUUAGGAGACGAAUGAGAAAAGGAGAAUUGCCUCCAUUAGAUCUCUCUUUGGCUGGUUCUAAGAAUCUUGAGCCAAUUCCUCCAUUACCUCCUCCUACUAACACUGAAUCCAUACUAACAUCAACACUUAAUGAUGAAGCAGCUGCUGGUGUUUCUAGUAUUCGUAGAUUAAGAGAGAGGCAAGAUCAUAGGACACGAUUUGAUGAUAUUGCUACUGGUAUUAUUGACUCAUCCAAUCAAAUUCGUCCAAUUUCUCCCACUUCUCCUCGUUCCCCUCCACCUCCUCCUCCUGUAUCCACAGCAAAAACUAAUCUGAUUGGUUCUAAGUUAUCGAGCGAGAGAUGGAAACUGUUAUCAUCAAAAAUGACCGAAACCAAAGACAAGGUUCACUUUGCAUGCAACGAAAUUUGGCCUGAGACUGU